GUUGCGCGCUGGCCACAUAUGGAGAGUGAACGCUUUCGUUCCAGAGAGGCACCAGCCAAACAGCAGGCGAAAGUGGCUGAUGUUGUGACCAUUUCCCAGAGCAAAAGGAAAGGGAGAGAAACCAAAACACUGCAACCUGGAUAUUGGACAGCUCGGUAACCGCUCUCUCUCUGUAACUAUCUCACCCUCCAAAUCGACUUUGAACCUGUUUGUUUGAAAUACACGGACUUUACAGCCUGCACACUUACUGUUGAUUCUGCAAGACACAGGGAGACACGUUUCUCAAUUUGGAUCCAUUUUUGGAGCUGCUAAAAACCUCUCUGGUGUCCUCAUGGUACCCGGUACAGCCGAGGGGCUGCGCUUCUUUUAUCCGAAUUCUUCGGACGUGAUAUUGUGACUGUCACGGACGAUGGAGUCGGGAACUGAACCGGGGAGGUACUGAAGACAUCUCUCUCCCCAGAGAGAGUCCUCCCUCCCCCCCGGGGCGAUGCGGAUCUCCUUCCUCCUUCUCACCGCCUCUCUGUGUGCCUUGGUCCUCCUCGCACCUGCCUCGGAGGGCUGUGGGCCGGGGAGGGGGUACGGCAAGAGGCGGCUCCCGAAGAAGCUUAUCCCGCUUGCCUACAAGCAAUUCAGCCCCAACGUCGCCGAGAAGACCCUGGGAGCCAGCGGGCGACCCGAGGGCAAAAUAACGCGUAACUCUGAGCGGUUUAAAGAACUGACGCCGAAUUACAACACAGACAUUAUCUUCAAAGAUGAGGAGGACACGGGAGCAGACAGGCUUAUGACCCAGCGGUGUAAAGACAAGUUAAACUCUCUGGCCAUCUCUGUGAUGAACAUGUGGCCGGGAGUUAAGCUGAGAGUGACAGAGGGCUGGGAUGAGGACGGUCACCAUUCAGAGGACUCGCUGCACUACGAGGGACGUGCUGUUGACAUCACCACGUCAGAUAGGGACAGAAAUAAGUACGCCAUGUUAGCCCGGUUAGCUGUAGAGGCUGGAUUUGACUGGGUCUACUAUGAGUCUAAAGCCCACAUUCACUGUAGCGUAAAGUCAGAACAUUCUGUGGCAGCCAAAACCGGCGGUUGUUUCCCUGGAAAUGCUCAGGUUUUUCUCAAGAGUGGAGCUACUAAACAGAUGCAUGAUCUUCACCCUGGUGAUCAUGUCUUAGCUUCCUCAACAACAGAUGGACAUGGUCCUUUUCUCUACAGCCCAGUCUUAUCUUUUUUGGACCGUCAGCCCAACGUCACAAAGAUCUUUUAUGUCAUUGGCACCGAUAGAGGAUUUAAUAUUACAGCCACAGCAGCUCACCUGAUCUUUGUCACGGACUGCGGUCGUGGGCUGAGUGAACCACACCGGGAGGAGACAGCUAAAGAGCCACUUUUAGGCUCCAUUUCGAGGGGCAGGCCUGGCUGGGAAGCAGGUCUGAUGACAGUUUUUGCUAGUGAGGUCCAGCCAGGACAGUGCGUAAUUACACCGCAGGGGAAAAUGACAACACAUUCAGUUGUGACCUUUGUGAAGGAGCAGAGGAGCACCGGGUUGUAUGCCCCACUCACCCAGCAUGGGUCUAUAGUGGUGAAUGGAGUGCUGGCAUCCUGCUAUGCUGCUGUGGACAAUCACUAUUUGGCUCACUGGGUCCUGGGCCCACUGAGAUUCUUCUACAGCCUGAUAGCGCCUUCAGAACUGCCAACUGACGGGCUGCACUGGUACCCUUGGCUCUUACAGAAGCUGGGGCAAAUGCUGCUGGAUGCUGGACACUUCCACCCCUUGGGGAUUGAACAAGGAUAUAGAUAGGAACCACAGAGACAUGUUUCACACUGUUAUCAUUCAUUUAUCUGUAUUCAGGAGCAGCAAAGCACAGAAUGCAGCUGUCUUUCUCAAGUGAGGGACCACAAAAGCCAACUGAUUUUAUAGUGUAAAUGUAUUUUUUACUAGC